AUGGUCCUGAGCCCUGCCCAACCAUCUUCCAAGCCUCUCGUUUCCACCAACUGCUUGUCCAGGGAACUUGUGGGUAGGCUCAUGGUACAGUACUACAUCCCAGAACUUGAAUUUGAUGAGAUUGGAGAUGUCUGGGGUCUGCCCAGUCUCCAUCCCAUACAUUCCUUUGCAGUGUUUCUGUCUAAAUCUGCAGCGUGUUGGAUGGCCUUUGCCCAGGCUUGGGGUGCGCAACCCGUUGUGAUCAUCAUCUUGGUUACACUCCCCUUGCACACCCCAAUUCCGAAUUCAGCACGAUUUUGGGAUGGCUUGAAGGGCUGGGUGAACUUG